GGAGAAAAAGCCAGCUUACAAGAGAGGGGGCGUGCAGGUUUCCCGCAGGGACUUUGGACGCAGCAGCACCCUGGACAGCGCCCGGGUGAGCGCAUCCCUGACAAAAAGACUAAGCUCUAAGCGGCCAUCCUCUUGAGAAGAGGUUACUUUUGCAGCAUCUCCCCUCUAUCUUUCCUUCCCUCCACUUCAGCUUGCCUUCAGCCCUGGAGCAGAAGGAAAUCCUUUGUCCUUUGGCACUUUGAACGUGCCAGGAGGUGCCCUGGGUGCUUUGGUCCCGUCCAGAGAACCUCGCUUCCGUCUCUGGGACCCGCAUACCUGCUGGAAAAUGCUAAACUGGUGAAGAAAGGGGAAAAAAAGUUUUGGGGGGUCUGCUAGGGGGAGAGAGGGGAGUGCACGGGGAGAGCGGAAGACAGAAGGUGGAUGGUUUGUUUCCCAGGCUGAUCUGGAAGGAAUGAUGACCGAGGAAGGAUGUGCACCAGCGGCCAGAUCAUUGGGAGCCUGCUGGUGCUCUCUGUGCUGGAGAUAGGGCUGGGGGCGUCCAGCGUGGCCGUGGGGGCAGUGAGCUUCAGCCUGGCCCUCAGAGAGCACCAGCCGCAGCUUGGAGACUCCUCUCCGGUAUGGAGCGGGCUGUGUUUUCUGCUUUGCGGUGUCUGUGGAAUUCUAUGUGCCAAAAAAAAGUCUGGACUUGUGAUGAUCCUAUUUUCGGCCUGCUGCAUCUGUGGGCUAAUUGGCGGCAUCCUGAAUUUCCAGUUCCUCCGAGCAGUCACCAAGAAGACAUCCUCACUCUACCCACUACGCCUGGCCUCCAUGUCUCUUGCCUGCAUUGGGAUUGGGGGCUGUACCCUUUCUUCUUGGCUUACUUGCCGUCUGGCCAGCUACGAACAAAGACGCAUGUUCUCUGAGCGAGAACACUCUUUGCACCAUUCCCACGAAAUGGCAGAAAAAGAAAUGACAGACAAUAUGAGCAAUGGAGGGCCACAACUAAUAUUUAAUGGAAGAGUAUAACACAUUUUUUAAAAAUUAAAACUUUUUCUUCUGGAUUUCCAUCUGAAAACGAUAUGCCAAAGGAUUCAUACAAUAUGGAAACAUUGUUGGCUUUUACUGCCAGGUUUCUGGUGUUAUGGAACUUGCUGGCACAAUUCCCUCUUGGAUUUUCACUAACAUUUUUCUUCCUGGAU